AUGGGUGGAUGGAUGCUGCGUCCUCUGCCAGCCCCUGCUCUGAGACCCUCCUACCGGGCCCCUGUCCUCAGCUCAGGGAGCAGCCGGACUGUGCCCUCAGGUCCCACUGUCUCAGCGAUAGCUUCCGAGAUCCCCAGCCUCAGAGCAGAGAGGGUGCUGUGUCCCUCCGCUGGUGGCGGUGAGGGUGGUGGCCAGCUGUGCCCCAGGCGGAUGGUGGCCUGCUCCAGCUGCCCCACCGAGCACAGCGGCCUCAGGGGCUGCCCCGAAGCUCACGCCGCCCAGCCACUGGCGAAUGCUGCCCCUCAUCCCGCCAGCCCGGGCUGGUGCUCCAGGACUUCUUCCAGCAAACCUGCAUCCUCUUCACGUUCUUCUGGGCCUGUUUCUGCCGGCCUGGUUAUGCUGUGGCUGCUCUUCCUGACCCUCCUGGGCCCUGGAGGCUCCAUGCCUGUGUCCCUGGAUCCCAACCUGGGGAGGGAGCAGCAUGGCACAGUGGGGGUGCACGACGCCCCCCCCGGCCGGUGGCCGUGGCAGGCCAGCCUCCAAUGGCACAGCAAGGAGCGUGAGCAGUGGGAGCACGUGUGUGGGGGCUCCCUCGUCCACCCCCAGUGGGUGCUCACCGCGGCCCACUGCACUAGACGGGAAAGCCCGCAGGCUUCUGCCUUCAGGGUGCAAGUCGGGCAGCUGAGGCUCUGUGACCCAGACCGGCUGAUGAAGGUGACUGAGAUCAUCCCACACCCCGAUUACGACCACCUCCUGUCUGCCAAGGGGGGCGCAGACAUCGCCCUGCUGAGACUGGAGUCCCCCAUGACCCUCUCCCCGCACGUCCGGGUGGUCUCCCUCCCACCUGCCUCGCUGAGAGUCCCCGAGGGGAAGAUGUGCUGGGUGACUGGCUGGGGUGACAUCAGACUCAGAGGGCCGCUGAGCCCGCCCCACCACCUGCAGGAGGCGGAGGUGCCCAUCGUGGGGAAUGAGGUUUGUAACCGGCACUAUCAGAACUCCUCCACAGACGCCGCCCAUCAGAUCAUCAAGGACGACAUGCUGUGUGCAGGCAGCGAGGGCCGGGACUCCUGCCAGGGUGACUCCGGGGGCCCCCUGGUGUGCAGCUGGAACCGCACCUGGGUCCAGGUGGGAGUUGUCAGCUGGGGCGACAUCUGUGGCCAUCGCGACUUCCCUGGGGUGUACACCCGGGUGACCAGCUACGUAUCCUGGAUACGCCAGUACGUCCCGCCCCCGAGACCCUAG